ACCUGUAAGUGUAAUGACAUAUUAAGCGGAAAACCGCAAAAACGCUAGAAUUAGCGGCCCGCUCGAAAACCGCCUGCAAUGCAAUGUCAAUGCUCAAUGACAUAUUUCCUUCCCGCCGGCCGCUGCGAUCGGCGGCAAAAUUCAGUCCGCGUCUUGUCGGCGGGAAAGCGAUUUGCGUUUUGCGGUUUGAGUGGGGGAAACAUACACAAACUAACGCCUGGUGACAAAUAGUUGUCUACUGAACCGCUGCGGGUUGCGAUUUGUAGUAUGUUUCGUGAUUUCGUCGAGGAGUCUGCAGAAUCAUGUCCACAGAAAACCUCAUUGAGCUCGUUGAGAUGCAUCCUUCCAUUUAGAACAAAAGUUGUGAGCAGUACAAAGACAGAUACGAAAAAGAAAAGGCUUGGAUCGAGAUCGCCCGAAGGAUCUUCCAAGAUUGGGAUACACUUGGGAAGAAAGAGAGGAAUAAAAAAUAUAAUAGUCGGUAAUUGAAAAUUCUUCAACGACCAUCAGUGUCACGUGCAGGAAAGGGUCUCAUGAGAUUUGUAUGUAUUUUAAACGCUUCGUCUCCAAGAAAUACAAAAGGCUGAGGAGUGGAAUCUGUUCCGGGUAGACACUUAGGUGCAGGAAUAUUUAGUUGGCCAGAAUACAGUUUCGUACCAAAAGUGCUGACAUGGAAUACAGUCGAAUCACCUUCUUCACCAUAAGCUCCUACAUCAAUUGAAAUAAAGCGAAGGUUGGCAUUAGCUACUGCCAUUAGAACCACCGAAAAAUACUUCUUGUAGUUGAAAAAUUUAGAUCCAGAGCUCCGUGGCUCAACACAACGAAUUUGUUUCCCAUCCACCGCACCUAAGCAAUUUGGAAAAUCUGUUUUCUCUUGAAAAGUGUCGGCGAUCUGGUACCAUUCCUCUUUCGUUGGCUCAGGCAUUUCUGUAUCUUUCAAAGCAAGCCAGAUUGCUUGGCAAGCUUCAGACACUAUAUCGGCAAUCGUACUUCUUCCAAUGUGGAAUUCAUAUUGUAGAGCUGUGAAGGUAUUUCCGUGGCCAAGUAUCUGCAAAAAGAAUCGAAAUAUACUACUAAUUCUAGUGCACGUGUUUUUGUGUCUUUGUUUUUGAAAUUAAUUAUUCUUUUUUAGCGGAAGCGUUGAAGAAGAAAUGGAAGAACAUCAAGGAUUCAUUAAGAAAAUAUUUAGAUACAAGAAGCAGCGAUGCUGCAAAAAAAAAGAAAUAUGUACACCUUGAGGCCCUAAGUUUCCUCCAAAACUCUGCUGAGAAAAGAAGGUUGGUCAUUUAGUUGAUGUUAUAUCAUCUACAGUAUAUAUCGUCAUUUGCAUCCUUUUCAGCACAACGAGCAAUUUCGACUCAGACACUUCAGAGGAAGGCCACAACGAAUCUGACAUAGCCACAACUUCAGCGUUAUCACUAUCAGAAUCCCAUUCACCCAUUUCAUCCCCACACCCAGAAAACUCAUCAACUCCAAAACAACAUUUUUUGAGGAAGCCUAGUCGACCUGCCAAGAUGACUCCUUUUCAAGAAUCCCUUAUAAAAAAUCUCAGUCAGGCAUCAUCAUCGAUUACCCAAGCCAGAGUUGACGAAGAUGCAGAUCGUUUGUACCUACUUUCUUUACUUCCGGAUUACAAAGCGUUAUCUCCGGGGCAAAAGUGGGCAUUCCGUGAACACGUAGGAUACUUUUUCCGUCAAACUUUCGCACCUCCUACAUCUACGCCUCCUCUGUCAUUCCAAAACUACCGAACCACUUCAACACAUUGUCCUCAAUACUCCUAUCAAGAACAUAGUUCACUUUUCUCUCACAACAUAACCCAACUUCAGAAACUCCCACAGCCACCGCAAACCUAUCAAACAUCAUCUUGUAACAUAGCACAAGAAUCCACUCAAGUCACAUUCUCUCCCAGUUCGUCUUCCCAAUCACAGUAACGAUAUUACUAUAUUAAGUUGUAUUAUCAAGUAUUUUGUUCACUUUUGAUUUUUUUACAAAUAAACUCGAGUUAUGAUUAUUAUUGAUUAUUUGAGUGUAAUUUAAAACAUUAUUUAUAUAAUAUUUAAAAUAAAUAAGAAGUUAUAUAAAUGUUUGGUUACCUGAGU